CAUGCAGACCGCCUGAGCGCCAUGCGCCAACGCCACCUGCGAGGCGAGCCUUGCCUCGGCCCGACUUCCGCCUCCCGCAGGGUCGGGCGGUGGAGCGUGGCGGUGUGCGGGCCGGCGCUGUACUACUACCACGAGGACUUCUCGGUGCGGAUGGUGGAGUGGCUGGAGAUCCUGCGGGCGCAGGGCUUCGCCAGGGUGUUCCUCUCGGUGACCGACAUCCACCCGAACCUCGAGAGAGUCCUGCGCUACUACGAAGCCCAAGGAUUCGUCGGGAUGGUGCGCUUCUCGUACCCCGAGCCCUACGUCAACGAGCCAAGCAUCCGCAGGCUGUGGUUCAUGUUGGAGAGGCCGAGGAGGUACGCCAUGCAGAAAGUGUACUACACCGACUGCGCACUCCGCCACAUGCACGAAUACCGCUUCAUCGCGCACCUCGACCCCGACGAAAUCCCGAUGCUGCGCCGACAUCACACCUUCCCGCAGUGGCUCUCCGAUCAGCUGAGAAGCCACCCCGUCGCGCCCGGCCAGGAGAGAAAGCAGCACCCUGCCCACAAGCUCAUCUGGUACUACCACCAGAAAAACCUCGAACCUUCCCCCUCAGCAGCCUCUCUCCCUGAGUACCUGUGGGCGAUGCGACACACCAAGAGGUCACUGGAAGCUAUGGCCGUGUCGACUGGGAAGACCAAACCCGUUUAUGACAUGGACUUGGCCACGGGUCUUUUUUCUCACGAUGUCCUCACUUGCGCUUAUGGAAAGUGUGAGGCAAAAUCCUAUACGUACAAAAGGGACCAAGCUUACCUCGCGCACUUCAGGUACGACUGUGAAGAUUUUUGCAAGCAACCCAACUCCACCGUGGACGAAACAAUGCUUCUGAAAUACAAGGACCAAGUUCUCCCUGCCGUUACGAAGGCUCUAAAGGACCUUCAGCUGAUUUAGUGUCUGUUUCUGAAAGCGUUCUUUUAGUUUUGCCUUGAAAGUAAGUAGUUUCGCCAUGUUUGUUCCUGCGAGGCACUUCAGAUCAGGGUCCACACAUUUGUAUUUAUAUCAUCCUUACUUCAGUAAAUAUUUUAUAUAUUUCCAUGUUUCGUAGAACUGUGUUGGCAACUAAGUUUUCACGUGGGAAACAAGUUGCCAUGUUAUGAACACAGUGUCGCAGCCUUACAUCCGUGCACUCCCUUUAUAUAGGCAUAUAUCAGUGUCGACAAGUAUAAUCGUCGUGCUCGUUACUUUCUUCUAAUUAUUGUUCUCUUUGGUAUACUUCGCCGCCGGGAAUCUUUUCCUGCUAGUAACGCUUAACUGAUGUCGGAAUUUAACCUUAACAUCAGGGGUAAGAUCCAAAACCCUUUGGCCAUUGGAAAUUAUUGCUUGACCAAAAGGAAUCUAGAUUAAAUACAAUUUACGUAUUUGUAAAAGAAAUGUGGAAAAAAAUGUUUAAUUCAACAACCACUGCUUAAAGUCAUUGCAAGAAACUUCUCUCUCAAGACAGUAAUUCUAUAAUGUAUUCCCGGAUAAUCACAUGCGCCCUGAUUAAAAGCUUUUCUAUAUGCAAACAAGAAAAAGAUAUUACAAAAACCAAAACUUCCACCCAACGAGACUUUAUCCCGUAACAAAUAUUCCCUAUGAGGGAACUGUACAAUACGUCCUCAAAAUAAACCGACUGGCCAUUUUAUACAAUUCAAAGUAGAAAACCCACAUAAUAGAACUCAUUAGACCUUUCGAAGAAAAUAAAGCAUGCAUUUCCCCAGAAACGAUAUACCCUGACGUUGUGCAUGAAAACGUAGGGGAAUGGGGAAGGCUAGAUCAGUAGCAAGUCGAGGUGUCAUGGCGUCUGUUUAUUUUGAUGACGUCGCAAAAGCUACGCAUGCUUUUUGAAUAUGGUCGAUCAAUUUGUCUUUCAUUUUCAAAAAAGAUGAGAAAUAAUUAUUUAAAUGGUUAUAUUUUCAUUGGGCAAUCAUCAAAAUAUAUCCCUGAAUG